AUGGCUGCAGCUUCACCUUUGCUGCAAUAUGCAACGCCGGAUACAGAUAUCUCGAGUUCAUCAGCACCACUUCAGCCCUCAAGCUCUUCACAGUUCCCACAGACAAGUUCUAACAUCUCCAAUCAACAGAUUAUGACCAACAGCCAGUAUCAACCAUAUUAUCUACGACCUGGUUAUCGAUUCAAAACAAAUUUGCAACCGGUAUUGGAUGUUGCUGACGGUCCGGGUAGGCGGUUACGCAAAAAUGUCGCAAAUGUCAGGCGUCAUAUCGAUUACAUUGCCAAUGUGUUGAAUCAUUUUGAGGCUCGAUUGUGGCAGCAUGAUGUACGUAGUCGUGGAGCCGUUCAGCCGGAUAUACUAUAUCAAAAUUCUGCAGUUCCUCCAACCGCUACAAUAGACAAGACUAUUGACUGUGUUUUAAAUAAAUUUGUGCGGGCUGCAAUGAAUAAAGUUAAAUGUCCCAUUUACAGUAUUUGCUGGACACCAGAGGGUAAAAGGUUAAUAACGGGUGCAUCGACCGGCGAAUUCACUUUAUGGAAUGGUACAGCUUUCAAUUUCGAGACAAUUCUUCAGGCUCACGAUACAGCGAUCCGUGCUCUAAGAUGGUCACAUAACGAUCAAUGGCUUGUAUCAGCAGAUCACGAUGGUUUUGUGAAAUAUUGGCAACCAAAUAUGAACAAUGUGCAUAUGUAUCAAGCUCAUAAAGAUGAGGCUAUUCGAUCUAUCAGUUUCGCGCCCACAGAUGUGAAAUUGGUGACUGGAUCGGAUGACGCUACUGCUCGAAUUUGGGAUUUUGCUCGAUGUGCCGAAGAAAAAGUAUUACGUGGCCAUGGAUCGGAUGUGCGUAGUGUUGAUUGGCAUCCGCAAAAAGGUUUGGUAUGCACUGGAUCGCGUGACUCACAACAACCAGUAAAGUUAUGGGAUCCAAAAACGGGACAGUGUCUGUCAACAUUACAUGAUCAUAAAAAUUCGGUAAUGGCCGUGCAAUGGAACAAAAAUGGGAAUUGGUUGUUGACGGGAUCCCGCGAUCAUCUGAUCAAAAUGUAUGACAUCAGAAUGAUGCGUGAAAUGCAUACUUACAGGGGACACAAAAAGGAAGUUACAGCAUUAGCUUGGCAUCCGGUUCAUGAAGGUAUGUUUGUAAGUGGUGGUGGUGAUGGAUCAUUGGCGUACUGGCUCGUAAACAAUGACAAAGAACUCGGAUUUUUGGAGCAUGCUCAUGACCAAGCUAUAUGGACACUUGAGUGGCAUCCUCUGGGUCAUAUCCUAGCAUCAGGUUCUAAUGAUAACAACACGAAGUUCUGGGCGCGAAAUCGUCCAGGUGAUACUCAGGAUGAUAUCUACGGGUUGGCAUCAUUUUCUGGAUCGGUACAAACGCCAGCAAAGGAAACGAGAACUGAAACUGCUGAGGAAAAAACGUUUAUCACCGUUAUUCCAGGUAUGGGCCUGGAUGACGACGUAUUCCAAGGAAUGCAGAAAAAAGAUGCGCGAACAACUGUCGGUGGUCCACCAGUUGGAGGGCCCUUACUGUUUCCAGAAGAUCCAAACGCGCGGCAACAGACAAUGAAUAUCGGUGCAAAGAGGACUUUGAUCAAGCAGCCUCCACCAAAGAAGGCUCAGCGGCAAUUUGAACGGAUGUGGAAUGUUGCAAAGCCUGGAGCUUCCGGAAACGACGAUUAUACCGACGAAGUGCCCGAUGAAGGGACGUUCCGGAGGUCUAAAACUUCCUUGCUUGGACCACCUCCACGUUCAUUAUUGUCUUCAAAACAUGAAGAAGAAAACCGAUCACCCAGCCCUGGCCAAGACAGAAGCAGACGUUCCCAGAAAAAUACCGCUCAUUCCACUGGGUCAGAUCAGGAGAUUGGUUCGGUGCCUUUACAAAUGCCACAACCUCUAUCAUCUGCACCAUCAGUUGUACAGCAGUGGCCAAAUCCAACAGCAUCUCAGCCACCAGUAAUACAGCAAAUUACCCCACAACCAAGUAUUCUGGUACCAACCGUGCAAACACUAACGGCAGUGGCACAGAUGGGAACAGCCGGUAUACCUUUGUCCGCACUACCCAUGCCACCAGCUAUUGGUCCACUGAUUUGGCCACCACCAAUCCCGGCUAACCUUACACAUGUACCAGCUGCAUCAUCGUCAUCUGUCCAAAACAGGGAUGUGGACUAUCGUACUGGGCCUCCUUCUCUUCCAAUGCCACCACUUUUACCAGGUACAUCUAAUGAUGUGGACCUAAGAAAUCAGCAACCCUCCUCAUCUUCACAAUCGCAAAGCUGGCGGUCUAAUGCACAGCCCGACAGUAAAUCUAUAAGCAAUGAUGAAACAUCAAGAACUGUCCCUUCUACAGGUGAAGUGAAAAUACAUGAUCCUCGUAUGAGAAGGGGUGGAUCUCGAGGAAGUGUAGUUAGAAAUGGAGAUGGCGACAGGUCAGGGGGACUUGCAUCCGGAACUCAAGUACGUGAUCCUCGCAGGAGGCCUCAGUUACGUACGCCGGCUGCUUCUAAACAGGAUGAAGAUUUUGAUGGCCGUUUCGAAGGUAGCCAAGUUCGACGGCGUGUUUGGAUGCCGAAUAUGAGUGAAGCCGGAGAUGGCAGAACUGGACCCGGUCAGUCACUCCCAGUGCGCUAUGAAUUCAACUGUCCCGUUGGUGAUUUUGAUGAUCGCCUUCAACAUCACCAGCAGCAGUACCCGUCCUAUUUACAUCAGCAUGCCGGAGGCGGAUUAGUGCGACGAGGGACAAGCCGAAAUCGAAUUCGAAGAGGAGCUUAUUAA